UUCCAGGCACCUUUCCCAAACCCUCUACCACAGUCCUUCUCUGCACUACUUCUUCCACCUCAGAUACUGAGCCUUUACUCCCCCUCUCUCCGCCCAUGAGAGAACACAUCGUCUUUUCAUGGCAUCGUGUGCGUCUGUUGUAGGAUGAAGAAUCUCUGACAGACGGAAGACCUCAGACUCCCUCUCGGCGAAGAGAAGCUGCAUCAGCAAAAGGAGGAACUUUUGACCUAUUUAAAAAUGGCUCCUCGCUCUGGGUAUGAUGUGGAAUCCGAGAGCACACCCUUGCUCGGACGCCCGGCGAAAGCAGGAUGGGAAAGGAAGCCCAUAUACACGAUGGUUGUGCUUGGUUGCCUCGGGACUGUGGUGGAGUAUUGCCAGCGGGUGAGCCUCUCCGUCGCCAUCGUCGCCAUGGCGAGAGCCAGUGGCAACACGAGUCAGGCUCUCCGAGACCCUUCCUCUGCCUAUUACAAGGAGGGGGGAGAGCCAGGCGGGUGGGACGCGGCGACCCAAGGCAUGGUGCUGGGCAGCUUCUUCUUGGGGUACGCGGCCUCCAGCCUGGCGGGGGGUCGCGGGUCGGAGCACCUGGGGGGAGGGAGGUUGUUCGGGUGGGGCAUCGUUGUGUCGUCGCUCUUGGCCCUCGUGUCGCCCCCCUGCGCCAGGACGAGUGCCAAGCUCUUCGCCGUCAUCAGGAUGUUGCAAGGAGCUGCCCAGGGCGUGACUUUCCCUGCCAUUAACGUGAUGAUGGCCGCCUGGAUCCUGCCCGCUGAGAGAGCCAAGUUCACCACCAUCGUGAGCUCAGGUUCGCAACUGGGCACUGUCGUGGGCACGAUAGCCAGUGGGUGGCUGUGCUCCUCCAGCGUGUUGGGCGGCUGGCCCCUCGUCUUCUACGUGUUCGGGGCGUCCGGGCUGGUGUGGGCGCUGGCGUGGUGGUGCCUCGUGUCCGAAAGGCCGGAGGACCACCCAGGCCUGUCGGAGGCUGAGCUGAAGAAGUUGAAGCUCCACCAGGAGUGUGUCAAGGGAACGGAGACAGUAGACAUUCCUUGGCUGGCCCUCGCCAAGUCCCUUCCUUUCUGGGCUCUGACUGCAGCCACCGUGGGGAAUGACUUCGGCCUCUACACCUUGCUGAUGCAGCUGCCCACGUACCUGCGAGACGUCCUGGGCUUCAACUUGGAACAGAACGGAGUGGUUUCCACCUUGCCUUCCCUGCUGAUGUGGGCGUCCAGCCUCGGGUGGGCGGCGCUGGUGGACGCCCUCACGGCCACGGAGAAGUCUUCCAUCGUCACUGUCAGGAGGCUGUCCAUGGUCGCUGCAUUAUUGGGCCCCAUGUUCGGCCUCAUAGCCUUGUGCUUCGUGCAGUAUGAUGCUGUUCUGACAAUCGCAGUGCUGCUGGGCUCCGCCAUCUUGGCCGGCGCGGCGAACAGCGGGUUCCUGUGCUCCCACCAGGACUUGGCACCGAACUUGGCGGGGACUUUGCUGGGCAUCACCAAGUCCGUGGGCGCUGUGGCAGGAGUGAUCAAUCCCGCGAUCAGCAGUUUGCUUCUGCACAGAGAGGAUAUCAUGACAGCAUGGCGGGAUGUGUUCAUAAUCAGCGCUGCCAUGUACUUCAUCAGCUGCAUCUGCUAUCUGGCCUUGAUAUCGGCCGACGUCCAGCCUUGGAACUACCCGCACUUUCUACGAGGGACUUUGAUGGAAGAAAAGGCAGUGGAUUUUGUGACUUUUUCUGUCUCGGUGUGCACGUCUGUUUCAGUCUCUCUCAUUCCCUUGAACUCUCCUUCUUCUGCUCCUUCCCCCGCCUCUCUCUCUCUUCCCCUUCCUCUCCCUGUCCCCUUUCUUCUAUCUAUUUCCAUUUCUGUUUCGAUUUGCGUUACAUAUGGCCAAAUCACCCUCUCCGUUUCCCUUAAUUUCUCCAUCUAUCUCAUCUUAUCUAUGUCGAUUUCUCUCUCUUUCUGUGCCAUUUCCAUAUCAGCCAACUUGUCCAUCGCCUUGCUAUACACUCUGUCAGUUUCACUUUCGCUCUCGCGGCCAUACACGGUGUUCGCAAGAAGAAAGACGUCCAAUGAAGUCCUAACGAUGUCGCAGAUGAACGUCCCACGGUGAUGCACACUCAACGAAGAAAGAUUUUAACGUGUAAGAUAUCCUGAGGAUGCCAUGAAAUUCUGCUACUGCCGGAUAAGCCUUCCAUAAGUUCCAACGUGUGAGAGAUCCUGAUAUGAAGUCCCGAAGUUCUGCUACCUCAUGAGCCUUCUAUAAGUGUAGGCUUCGUAGAGUUCAAGUCGUUGUUUAUGGAACCUGUAAGGGUUUUCCAUUCAGCUGACAGCAACCAAAAUCCCCUGACAGGUGUAAACAAAUUCCGAAUACGCUAUACACAACGAAGAAUGAAAAGAAAUGGAAGUUAGUGAGAUGAACUAGUCAAUAAUGUGCAUAAAUAGUCAAUGAAAUAAAAAUGGCAGGGGCAAUACCUACUUAAUGGUGAUACGAAUUCGUCAAUGUGUAGGAAAGACAAGAAUACCUCCAAGGCCUUUGAUAUAUGUCCAAUCAUCCCAGUGAACUCAAGAAGGAUUAAUCGAGAAUGGACCAUACCAACAUUGCUCUACAAAAUGUCGACUAUGAAUUGAGAGUACAGAUAUAUUACGGUCAGUUCACUCCAAGUCGCUUAUUGAGAUCAUUUUCUUGUCUUUUGCUUGAGGGGGAAAAAAAGAAGAAAAGGAAUGGUGUGAGAAGAUGGACAUGCGUCUAUUUGACUCGAAAAAUAUGAAAUAUGCAUUUCGAUGUUUUGUAGGUAUUUUCUUGCUUCUGUCGAUACAUAUAUUUCUUUUUCAUUGUUAAUGUUGUUGAUAUUACAUGAUUUUUUAGUGA